ACUUUUUCGACGUUGGCACAACCGUGCGUGAAUCCUAUUCGCUUAUUUGUUUUCUAGCGAUUGUUGUGUUGAUGAAUUUUACCGGCUGCUGGAUAAAGCUCCUUGAUUAUUGUUUGCAAAUAAAUUGCAAUUCAUUUAUAUAAUCACGGAUAAACGUACCUUUUACUUGCUACUACCCUUGAUCUCGAGACGCAGAUAAGCAAGAGAGCAGCUUAACGAAUAACAUUGGUUUUCUUUUAUUUACAAUUUCUUGUGGUCCGCUUUUUGCGCCCCCAACCGCCGUCGGAACGGCGAAACAACAUCAGCCUGUUGGCGCGUGCUCCUUCGAUCGUGUCAACUACGCCAAAACUACCCCGGGGUCGUCCAACGCUGUACAUUGACACGGCUGUCGUUGACGGUGUCCGAUCUCGACUAAAUGACGUCCAUUAUAAAGUUUUUCACUCUGUCCGGUGCCAUGGACGAGUCGCCUCCUUGUUAUUUACUACAAAUCGACGAAUUCAAAUUCCUAUUAGACUGCGGAUGGAACGAACGCUUCAGCAUGGGCGUAAUUAAUAAAAUGAAAAGGUAUAUGCAUCAAGUAGACGCUGUACUGUUAUCGCACCCCGAUAGAUUUCAUCUUGGAGCCUUGCCGUACCUGGUCGGAAAAUGUGGUUUGAACUGCCCUGUUUAUGCUACUAUACCUGUUUACCAGAUGGGUCAGAUGUUUAUGUAUGAUUUACAUCAAUCUUUGUGCAAUGUGGAAGAUUUUACCUUAUUUAAUUUAGAUGAUGUCGAUUCUGCUUUUGAUAAAGUUAUUCAAGUGAAAUAUAAUCAAAUUGUUUCGUUAAAAGGUAAAGGAAUUGGCUUGAGAAUAGUAGCGUUGCCUGCUGGUCAUAUGGUUGGUGGUACAAUAUGGAAAAUAUCUAAGGUAGGUGAAGAAGAUAUUGUAUAUGCGGUGGAUUUUAAUCAUAAAAAAGAAAGACAUUUGAACGGAAGUGACCUGGAAAAACUUGGAAGACCAUCAUUACUUAUAUUAGAUUGUUUUAAUGGUGCUUAUUCACAACCUAGGCGUAGAUCUCGUGAUGAAGCAUUAAUGACUUGUAUUUUGACAACCCUUCGUGUUAAAGGAAAUGUUUUAAUUGCAAUUGAUACAGCUGGACGUGUUUUAGAGUUAAUGCAUAUGUUAGACCAACUAUGGCGCAAUAAAGAAUCUGGACUUGGUGUUUAUUCAUUAGUAUUUUUAACAAAUGUUAGUUAUAAUACUGUGGAGUUCGCAAAAUCACAAAUUGAAUGGAUGAGUGAUAAAUUAAUGAAAAGUUUUGAAGGUGCCAGGAACAACCCAUUUUUUUUCAAGCAUGUAAAACUAUGUCACAACAUGAAUGAUUUAAGUAAAAUUUCCGAACCUAUGGUUGUAUUAGCUAGUAAUGCAGAUCUCGAAAGUGGAUUUUCGAGAGAAGUUUUCCUUCUGUGGGCUACAAAUCCAAAAAAUAGUAUUAUUCUUACAGACAGAACUGCAUAUGGUACAUUAGCACGUGAUUUAAUUGAUGAAGGUGGUGAUAGGCAUAUUAAACUAAUUAUUAAAAAACGCGUACCUUUAGACGACGCUGAGUUAGAAGAAUAUAAUAUCAAACAUAAUGCUGAAAAAAUGGAAGCUACUGAAAAUGAACAAGUCAGUUCUGAUUCUGAAGAAGAAGUAGAGGCUAUGAGAGGCAAGCAUGAUUUAUUAGUAGAUGCUGAAGUAUCCACAGCAAAAAAAUCUUCAAAGAAAGAAUUGCCCCCUAUGUUUCCAUAUUAUGAGGAAAAAUGCAAAUUUGACCCAUAUGGAGAAAUUAUAAAACAAGAUGAAUUCAUGAAAUUUGAUAUUAUUCCGGGAGGAGAACCAAAUAAAGAUGAAUUAAAUAAGGAAACAGAAGAUGAUGAAGAAGAAAUUGAUAUUCCAUCUAAGUGUCUGAAGUAUGAAGAGAUUAUUUACGUUGCAGCAAAGAUUGUUCAUAUUGAUUUUGAAGGUCGUUCUGAUGGAGAAUCAUUAAAACAAAUUGUACUUGCACUAAAACCUAGACGUUUGAUAUUAGUAAGAGGUAACCCAAUAAGUACAAAGGUUGUUUUGAACUUUGCCAAUGUAUUUACAGACAGUAAAGUUUUUUCACCUAGAAUUGGACAAUGUAUGAAUGUAACUUCUGAAUCUCAUAUUUAUCAAGUACGUUUGACUGAUGCGCUUCUUUCAACUUUAAAUUUUAAAAAAGGACCAAAUGGAGAUUUAGCAUAUGUAGAUGCCAAGUUAAAAUUAAAAAAUGAAAAAGAUAAUAAAAUGAAUGUUGACCAAGUAGCUGUACCUGAAAAAAUGCCAAGAAUAGAUGAUCAGAUUUAUACAUUAGAACCUCUAGCAGAACAUGAAACUCUUCCACAUAAGACUGUAUUUAUAAACCGUUUAAAAUUGUCUGAUUUUAAACAAAUUUUAUCCAGAAAUAAUAUUCCAUGUGAACUAUCGAGAGGUGUCUUAUGGUGUUGCAACCGUACUGUUUGUGUUCGAAGAAAUUCUUCAGGAAAAGUUCUGGUGGAAGGAAUUAUUAGCCGACAAUACUAUUUUAUCCGUAGUUUGUUGUACAAUCAAUUUAUAAUUGUUUAAUUGAACUAAGGAAAUGAUUUUUAAAAGAUGAUCAUUGAGGGAGAGAUAUUUAUUAUACAAUUUAACUAUGAUUGUUGAUCAAUAUAAUGAAUGCUACUUUAAAUAUUAUUA